AGUUCUUCGGUAGUUCACCCUGUAAGUGAAGGACAAACAAAGAAAUCAGUUUCUUCUAAGAGCAAAAUUCUCGAUCCACAAGGGCCUAUGCUUCAGAAAUGGAACAAAAUCUUCGUAAUCACAUGUGUAAUGGCCAUCUCUGUAGACCCUCUUUUCUUUUACAUUCCGGUGAUUGUCGAUAAAAACAAAUGUGUUGAUUUGGAUGAAGCGUUGCAGACUACUGCCAGUGUUUCCCGCACGUUCUUCGAUCUUUUCUACAUUCUUCGCAUCAUCUUUCAGUUUAGAACCGGAUUCAUUGCACCUUUUUCUCUUGUUUUCGGAAGAGGCGAACUCGUUGACGAUCCUGUCGCCAUAAUGAAACGAUACUUGAGUUCUCAUUUCAUCAUUGACAUUCUAUCAAUUAUUCCACUUCCACAGAUUAUUUGUUUGGCUAUAUUUCCACACAUGAAAAAUUCAGCUCCAUUUGUAGCAAAGGAUUUGUUAAAGUAUGCAGUAUUAAUCCAGUAUGUGCCGCGACUACUACGGAUUUGUUUUAUGCACUUUGGGAAGUAUAUGGAGGUUUUGAGACAUGUUGGAGCAAGUUUGGAGACCAAAGGAAGAAUUUUGGUUCAGCAAGGGCCGCUUAGCGGCCACUAA